GCUAUACUAAAUAUACACGUUUACAAUAAUACACCUCUUGUAUAGUUUUAGAUUUUAUAUUUAGGCUAGAAAUGUUGCGAUUUGUGCUGCUUCUUACUAUAUUAGAUGUAGUUAGUGGAUAUAUGAUUUACUCGAGCGCAAAUGUGCAUGCAUUUAUUAAAGCAGAAAAAAGAAUACUCGAUGGAUUGGGAAACUAUAUUGACUAUGAGGAAAAACGGCUCGUUGACUUGAGAAAGUCAUCUGGAUAUGAAAAAGACAUUGAGUUGGCAGAAUAUAGAAUUGGAAAUUUAACAGAGUUUUUCGAGCAAGUCAAAGAAAACUACACAUCGUUCUCAGAAGACGAAUAUUUAAAGAGAGCGUCUCACCCAACCACAGUUCAUCACAUUUUAAACAAUUUUGUGACCAACUGGAAUAAAAAACUAAAAAGUACAUUUUACGGUAAAAAGUUCGUGGACUUUUUGAAUAUUUCCAAAACCUUGCUGCCAGAAUUCUUUGACGUCGAGACCAGUAAGCUUGCCUUGCUUACAAUUCAGAGGGUCUACAACAUUUCGGCAACGCGUAUGAUAACAGGUGAUCUGUUUGGUCACCAGGGGGAGCCACUAAGUUUUGCCGACGCGUACGAAAUGGGAAUUCUAUCGCUGCGAAAAGGAUUCAUCCACGAAGCAUCUGAAUGGUUGCAGCUGGUUGUUGACGAAUGUGAAAGACAGCCAAAUCAAAGCACCUUCUCCGCGACUUCGGCUUAUUCCAGGCUAGGCCUAGCGUAUCACGUGCUAAAUAAAUUUGACGAAGCUGAAGUCCUGUUGGAGAAAGCUCAUCAUCUUAACGAGAGCGACAAGGAGAUGUAUAUGCUGUAUAUUCAGUACAGAAACAGAAAAGUGCCAAACGUACACGUGUACAAGAAUCCCGAUUGGUGGAACAACUACACUCGAAUGUGCAACGCCAACAAAACAGUAUCCAAGUUAUUAUGGUACCACCGAUGUCGCUACAGAUGUUCACGUGACAUAUUCCAGUUAUACAAGGAGGAAAUACUGAGCGUAUCUCCAUACGUAUCUUUAAUUCAUUACGUCAUUGACAACCAGACAGCAAAUCAAGUGAAACUUGAAGCUACCAAACAGAUCAACAAUGCCAGUUCAUCGAAAUCCGACGAAUGGAUGAGAGUAACAUACUUGUCCAGCGAAAAUCAAAAGGCGACAAACAUAUUUUCGAUGGUUACCAAGGUAACGGGACUGCUAGCAAAGCCGACCAUUGGCGGGACGCUCAAAACUGAGGUGCUGAAUUAUGGUAUUGGAGGACAGUAUGAGCCUCGUUUUGAUCCUCCGCACCUUGUUGAUGUGGACCAAAGGAUGGCAUCUGUUUUCAUUUACCUUACUGAUGUUGAUGAAGGUGGUGCCACGAUUUUCCCAAAUCUAGGGAUCAAAGUUGCUCCCCGGAAAGGAUCUGCCUUGUUUUGGUUUAAUUACAAACCGGACGGAAGACCUGAGAUAAACUUGGAGCGCAGAGAAUGUCCCGUCGUCAUUGGUCAAAAAUGGACGGCGCAAACCUGGAUCUGGAAAUGCGGUAACGAGAAUCGACGGCCAUGUGCUAAAAAUAGUAACAGCACCCAGUUCGCAGUGGAGAGAAUGCUUUUUCCACAGCGAGAAUGUCGUUACCCAUGACGACAACAUAUAUUUAAUAGAACAUUUCCCAGUUUAACACACGUAAAAUACAUUUUAAUAUAAUCAUUUUCUUGUACAGUUUCAUUCACGUGUAAAAGGUGUAUUAAUUAAUGUGUGUUCAGUUUAGUGUGUAGAGAAAAAUAAAUUGAGUAAAUGGUC